AGUAUAUCACAGCAAGGUUUGGAAGCAAAGACCUGGAUAGUUACGCUUUAUUCUCACUGGACAGUGACCCAGGUGAUACUGUGACCAUAUCCAUGUUCAUUCGCACCAGACAGUCCAGAGGCCUGCUCCUUAUCCUGGCCAACAGCACCAGCCAGUACCUCCGCCUGUGGCUGGAAGAGGGCAGGGUCAGAGUUCAGGUCAACAACUUUGAGACCCUUGUUGGACGGUCUGCGGUCAAUGACGGCCAUUUCCAUCUAGUGACUGUGAGGCUGGAAGGAACAACGGCCACAUUGUUCCAGUCAGCCCAGAACCAGGGCUCAAUGUCUGUUAGACCCAUCCAGGCCCAUCCUGGGGAUCUGGUUUACAUUGGGGGGCUUCCAGACUCAAGAGCCUCUGCUUCGUUUGGGGGCUACUUUAAAGGAUGUGUCCAGGAUCUGAGGAUUAACAGCAAACGACUGCAGUUCUAUCGCAUUGCAGCUCCUGUGGAAUCUUACAGCCUGGACCACCUCAGCAACGUCGCACAAGGAUGUAGCAGUGACGAUGCCUGCGCUGUCAAACCCUGUCUCAACGGAGGAGUGUGUUACUCCAUGUGGGAUGAUUUCAUCUGUAAUUGCCCCCCCAACACUGCAGGGCAGCGCUGUGAAGAGGUGAAAUGGUGUGAACUGUCUCCCUGCCCUACCACUGCUGUUUGUCAACCCCGCUCUCAGGGCUUUGAAUGUUUGUCUAACGUGACAUUUCGGGUUGAAAGCAGCAUUUUGCACUACAGGAGCAACGGGAAGAUUAAGCGCAGUCUCAACAGUGUCUCCCUCAGCCUCCGCACAAGACAGUCCACUGCCACCUUACUGCAUGCACAGAAGGACUCACACUACCUCACUGUCUCCCUCCUAGACUCUCAUGUGGUCCUGGAGCUCCAGUCUGGGGCUGACAAGGAUCCCCUCAAGGUGACAGUUAGAAGCCCGAGUUUAGUCAGUGAUGGAGAGUGGCACACUGUGGAGCUCAGUAUGGAGAGCCAGACACCCCAGACCUCCAGGUGGAUCAUGACUGUGGAUGGAGGCAAAAAGGAGCCAGGAAUGUCCAAAUCAGCCACUGGGGACUUGGAUUUUCUUCAGGAGGGAGCAGACAUCUUCCUUGGGGGACUGAGCCUGGAUGCUGGAGUAAACCUGUCUGGCUGUCUGGGCCCAGUGGAGAUUGGAGGUCUUGCUCUUCCUUUGCACUUGGACACAGAGUUGAACCUCCCCAGACCUCAGGAGGAGCAGUUUGUUAGGAUCAAUAGUGAUGCUGCCCCAAGUUAUGGCUGCUGGGGAGCCAGUGUGUGUGCACCAAACCCUUGCAAGAACGAGGGCGUGUGUGAGGACCUGUUUGACCUGCAUCAUUGCACAUGUCCCUCUGAAUGGAUGGGCCCACUGUGUCAAGACCGAACAGACACCUGCAUCUCUAGCCCCUGCAUCUACGGUAACUGCAUCGACCUACCUGGGGGAUUCGAGUGUUUGUGUGAGCCGGGGUACAGUGGUAAACAGUGUGAAGUAGAAGCCGAUAUGUGUGAAAACAGUAAUUGCAGCGAAGGCUCCACGUGCCUCAAAGGUCUCCAGAGCUACGCGUGCCUCUGCCCUCAAAAUCUGACGGGCCAAUACUGCGAGGAGAAAAUUCCUGAAAUCCCAUGGUACAUUGAGACAAAUCCACUUCCUCAGUUGCCUGUAUCUACAUGCACAGGUACAAGGUGGAACUACAGCUGCUUUAAUGGAGGGAACUGCUCUGAAGCAGACAACACCUGCUACUGCCUGCCUGGUUUCACGGGACAGUG